GGCAGGGAUAAGCCCUCGUGAGUAUGUCAAAACAGCCAGUUUCCAAUGUCAGAGCCAUCCAGGCAAACAUCAAUAUUCCAAUGGGAGCCUUUAGGCCUGGAGCUGGGCAACCUCCCAGAAGAAAAGAAUGCACUCCUGAAAUGGAGGAGGGAGCUCCUUCCACCUCGGAUGAGAAGAAGCCAAUUCCAGGAGCAAAGAAACUUCCAGGACCUGCAGUCAACCUAUCAGACAUCCAGAAUAUUAAAAGUGAACUGAAAUAUGUUCCCAAAGCCGAACAGGAGUUGGAAGAUAAAAGGCUUUAUGUGAAGAAUUAAGGCAGAAGAGAAUGGAUUCAGAUGAAUACAGCUCACUAAAAUUUUUAUAUAU